AUGAAGUCGUUUACUUGUGUCGCGGCCGUCCUCGGCGCCGCAAGUGCCGUCGCGGCCGUCACCAUAGCCGAAAUCAACGGCAACCGGUUCCUGUCGCCGUUCAAGGACAAGAACGUCACGGGGGUGACGGGCCUGGUGACGGCUGUUGCGUCCAACGGCAUCUACUUGCGCUCGACGGAGCCGGAUGGCGACCCGGCCACGUCCGAGGGCUUGUUCGUCUUUGGCAGCGCCGUUGGGAAGCAGGUCCGGACGGGGGAUGUCAUUACCCUCAACGGACUGGUCCAGGAGUAUCGCUCCAACAACAACUACAUCUACCUCACAGAACUUACCAAGCCUGCCAACGUCGUUGUCAUCUCAUCCGGCAACCAGGUCAAGCCGCUCGUUGUCGGCGUCGACACCCUGCAGCCUCCCAACAAGGAGUAUUCUAGUCUUGACAAGGGCGGCGUCUUUGGCGUCCCUAAUGCCGUCACUACCAUCACCACCUCCAACCCCGUGCUGGACCCUACGGCCUAUGGCUUGGACUUUUGGGAGAGUCUGGUCGGCGAGCUGGUCACCAUCAAGAACGCCCAUCUUGUCAGUCGGCCGAACCAGUAUGGCGACGUGUGGGUGAGAGGGAACUGGACUGUGACGGGAAUCAACGGCCACGGCGGCCUGACUAUGCUCGACCGAGAUGCCAACCCGGAAGCCAUCGUCGUUGGAACCCCCCUCGACGGCUCCAAGAACCCGACCGACACCAAGAUGGGCGACUACAUAGGCGACGUCACGGGCGUCGUCUACAACGCCUUCGGCACAUACCGCGUGCUCCCGCUGACCGCCGUCGAAACCAUCACGCCCUCGUCGCCAGACUACCCUGCCACGUCGCUCACCAGCAGCGCCCACUGCAGCGGCCUCACCGUCGCCGACUACAACGCCGAGAACCUGGCGCCCAACUCGACGCACCUCCCCAGCGUCGUCUCCCAGAUCGUCACCAAGCUGCGCACCCCGGACCUCAUCUUCCUCCAGGAGGUCCAGGACAACUCGGGCCCCGUCGACGACGGCGUCACCUCGGCCAACCUCACCCUGUCGACCCUGACGCAGGGCAUCGAGAAGACCUCGGGCGUCAGGUACGACUUCGUCGAGGUAGCCCCCGUGGACGGCCAAGAUGGCGGCCAGCCGGGCGGCAACAUUCGCUGCGCCUACCUGUACCGCCCAGACACCGUCGAGCUGUACAAGCCCAACCCCGGAGGCAGCAACGACGAGAAUGCCGUAGUCGACGGCCCGUCCAUCAAGUACAACCCCGGCCGCAUCGGACAGUCCGACGCCAACUUCGAGGCCACCCGGAAGCCGCUCGUGGCCAUGUGGAAGCCCGUCAAGCGUCCCGACAAGGUCUUCUUCACCAUCAACGUCCACUUCAGCAGCAAGGGCGGCUCGACCGGCUUGCAUGGUGACCCGCGUCCCCCCGUCAAUAAGGGCGUGGAGAAGAGAACCGGACAAAUGGAACUAACUGCCAACUUCAUCGCCCAGAUCCUCGCCCGAGACCCCAAGGCUCGCAUCAUCACCGCUGGCGACUUCAACGAGUUUACGCAAGUCCAGCCCGUUGCGACGUUUGCCUCCAAGUCCGGCCUGCUUGACGCCGAUGAGGCCGCUGGUCUUGCCGAGGUCGAGCGCUACACGUACCUGUUUGACCAGAACAGCGAGGCCCUGGACCACAUGUACAUCAGCAAGGGGCUGGCCAGGCAUGCCCAGGUCGAGCACCUGCACCUGAACACUUGGCAGAACUAUGAUGGCCAGACGAGUGACCACGACCCGAGCGUGGCCAAGUUGAACUUUUGCGCGUGA